CACGAGCUGCACGCACGAUGCAUUACCCUCUACACAUAACGGCGGUGAUCGUUAGUCUAUGGAUUCUUCGGGACAACGUGAACGCGGCAAAAAGCGGACUCAGUACCGAGGUAUUGACGUCUUUCGCCAGGAACAUCGCGUCGGUCCUGUCAACGACCUUGCUAAACGAUUACCAGGAUCCACCAUCGAAUCAAUCAUCGAGUAACCUUCUGAAAAGAAUCCAGGAAACACAAUUUUCCUUAGACAUUGGCCGUACUCAGCCAGAGAGUUCCGAAAUCUCAUCAAAUACUUCUUUCAAUCGUUUUCCGCGAUAUACUCGUGAAUCUUCUUCAAACGAAGGAAAACAAACGUUCCAGAACAGUUUCUUAACGAACACACCCCAAUACUCAAAAUAUUACAAUUCAGAAGCGUACAAACCAUACGAAUUCGCAUCGAAUCGUGAUGCGCGAAUUUCUUACAACCAACUGAACGUAGAAACACCUGGGAGCGUCAAUAGUGGUACGAAAGAUAAUUCUAUCGACGUAAAUAUUAAGGCAGCUCCUCUGCAUUAUUCCAAUCAGUACCAGCAACCUUCAGGAUUCAGAUACAAAUCUGAACCUAUACAUCAAUUAUCUAACGCAAAUCACUAUGCUCAGUUUGACCCUCAGCCGAAUUAUCAUCAUCUAUCGUCUCAGACACCUGUUAAUUCUCAGGAAUCUUCAACAACCGAAGGGCUUAACCCAAACGAUGAAAAUGAGAAUACUCAGAUCGCUCGAAUAACUCGUAGGCCGUUUAACUUAAAUUACCAUAGUCCCUUUACCACUCCUUAUUAUCCAUUUCAUCAACAUCCAGGAUUCUAUUCUCACCAUAGGCCCAUCGAAGGUGAGAACCAACCUGUGAACCCAAGUAGUGGGCAGUAUGAAAGUAACCCGCCUAGAUUGAUCAAUGAUCAGAAUCAAGGCCAGACCGCUAUAGGGGGAUACGAUUACAGUCCUCGUUUUCAUCAUAAGCAACCUUAUUACGAUGGUUUUUAUCAUGGAUUUCCUGGAUUUUACCCUGGUCCUUUUAACGAGUCUUUUUAUCGGGGAAACGUGGAACAAGGUGGUGGUAAUGGAACAUAUAGUCCUUAUGAUCCUUAUAAUCCGUUUUAUUUUCAUGGUUCAAGGUUUGGUCCUUAUGUUCCUUACAAUCAACCCUAUUAUCCGAACUUUAAUGGGCAAAGAAGACCCGUGGAACCACAAAAUCCACCUGAGAAUCAAGGACAUCCUGAACAAAUAACAUCACCAGAAAAUGUACAAGGUGAUGUCAAUUCUACCGGAUAUUAUCCUCCGUAUGGUGGAUAUCCUUAUGGCUUUCCACCAUAUGGACCCUACUAUGGUGGUUUUAAUUUUCAUUCCUAUCCUUUGGCACCGUUUCAUGGGUUACCUUAUCGUUUUGGCUUCCACAAUUAUCUAUUUCCAGGAAUCAAACCUGUACCUUAUUUGAAUUUCUAUCCAAGUAGUUAUCCACUGGUUCAUUCUUAUCCUUUCGGUGGAUAUUAUCCUUAUUAUAAACGACCUGCGAUAACUGAGAAACCUGAACAAACGGAGAAGGCUAAUGAAAAUCAUAAAACCGGGUCAGCCCCCAAUAGCGAAGCUGAAAUGUUGUCUGAAAGCAAGUCGGAAGAGGUUCGAUCUCUUACUUCAAAUGGAUAUAAAAAGCGCGCUUCGUUUGGACUUGUGACCAAAGAAAGAAAUAAAGUAGCGAGUGAUCGAUCGUUGAAUCAGUUAUCUUGAUGUCAUUUAUAAUUAUCACUAAAUUGUGGAUUUUUAUACAAAAUAUAUUUUUA